AGGGGGAGGCAGCAGAGCUGCGGAGCAUCCUCUCUGGAGCACGAGCGCGAUGUUGACGUCCUCCAGGUGUCUGGGUCAAUAACCCCGAGCCCACGCCGCCAUGCCGCAGGACAUCCACCGGACGUGUGGAUGAAGCUGGACGGGGAGGACGCGGGGCGGCUGUAACAGGAGGAGGGAGGAUGCACUGGGCUGCUGGCUUCGCCUCCACCCGGCCGUGCGUGGUUGAACUGGGGCGGAACCGCAGCCUGCCGCUCGGGCUGUGCGGCUCUGAGCAGCACCAGUCUCUGUAUGGCUACAUCAUCGCCUUUCCUCUGCAGGACUACGGAGGCAUCAUGUCGGCUCUGGGCUCGGAGUCCUGGUGGAAGAAGACCCUGUACAUCACCGGGGGGGCGCUGCUGGCUGCUGCAGCCUACCUACUGCAUGAGCUGCUCGCCAUCAGGAAGGAACAGGAGCUGGACUCUCAGGAUGCCAUCAUCCUCCAUCAGUUCUCCAGACCAAAGAAUGGCAUCCCGAGCCUCUCGCCCUUCUGCCUCAAAAUAGAGACGUACCUGCGCAUGGUGGAUCUGCCUUAUCAGAACUACUUUGAUGGGAGGCUGUCACCGCAGGGGAAGAUGCCGUGGAUCGAGUACAAUCAUGAGCAGGUGUCAGGGUCGGAGUUCAUCGUCGAUUUUCUGGAGGAGAAGCUGGGGGUGAACUUAAACAAGAACCUCACCCCACACGAAAGAGCCGUGUCCCGAGCAGUCACCAAAAUGGUGGAAGAACAUCUAUACUGGACGCUCGCCUACUGCCAGUGGGUGGAUAACGUUGAGGAAACCCAGAAGCUGCUGGCGAUGGACGGGCCUUUGAGCGACACACUAAAGUGGGUGCUGAGCCACCUAACUGGUAGCAUGGUGCGCAGGGAGAUGUACGGCCACGGCAUCGGACGCUUCUCCAAGGAGGACGUGUACAGGCUGAUGGAGAAGGACAUGAGGACACUGGCCACUCUGCUGGGUGAUAAGAAAUACUUCAUGGGCUCCAAGGUGUCAUCGUUAGACGCCACCGUGUUCGGGCAUCUAGCUCAGGCUAUGUGGACUCUACCUGGGACCCGACCAGAGCAGCUCAUCAAAGGAGAGCUGAUCAAUCUGGCCAUGUUCUGUGAGCGGAUGCGGAGGAGGUUCUGGCCCGAGUGGUUUGUGGAGGUGGAGGAUCUUUACUAUGAUGGAGACAGUGAGAGCAACAGCAGCCGUGGGACCCCAGCAGGGCUGCUGGACUUUGACCUGUUCUCCAGGACUGACACUCUGGACGAGAGUGACAGCAGCACCCACUCAGCCAGACACACACACUCUCCCACUCUGAACUCCGACCAGUCGCUCUUUGACUCAGACGUGGACACGGGCUCUGAAAAUGACAGUCACCUUAAAGAGGAGCUGGUGCCAGACUUAGAGGUUUGACGACAGCAACUGGCACAUCUGGAGAAACUAUUCCCACUCCUCCUGUUUCCAAACCCAGCAUGUUGCAGCUUCCCAACAUCCAGACUGGGUGUUUAUAUGCAGAGGAUACAAACUGGAGUUCCUAAUUUUAAACCAACUGUACAGUUCGUCCCCUCCUGUACCAUCGGAAGUGUCCACCUGGCAGUUCCUCCUUGCCUUAUUUGUCUCAGAUACAGAAGUUGUUAUUAAGUCGCCCAAGCUGAUCGUCUGGUCUGGUAAAAAAAAAAAAAAAAA